AUGCGGGCUGCAGCUGCCAGCACUUGCGUCCCAAAGAGCCGCCGGGCAGAAAACGCCGAGGCCAGCAUCCCAAAAGAGUGCGGUUUGGCAGAGGUGGGUGCAAGCUCCGAACUGGUAGGUGAGCCUGGUAACGAGCUCUUGGCUUCUGUCUUCGCUGGCCGAGCGCCUGUGGUGGUCUUCGACUACGACCCCAGGUGUAAAGCCGCACCAAGGGACAAAAGCAGGAAUCUCAGCGAGGCUGACAAGGCAGCACUGUCCAUGACGAGGCUCCCUCAGAUGCACUUCUGCAUACAGACGACUCGAGAUGUUCAUGAGUACAAUGCCGUGGUGAACACCUUCAAGAUGGCCGGUUGGACUCGCGUCCCGGUGGGCUCGCCAAAGUUCGCCAUCUACUGGGGCCCACAUCCCUCGCCCGAGAUGCUGAAGGGCUUCAACCCGUUCCAGAAGGCAAACCACUUCCCCAACUCCUGGCAGUUGGGUCGCAAGGAUCUCCUCGGCAAGAACAUCCACAGGAUGAAGCGGCAGUUUCCCAAGGACUACAACAUCAUGCCAUUGAGCUUCAGUCUUCCUGAGGAUGGGCAAGCCUGGGCCCAGGCGAGGGAGCAGAAUCCUGAGGCUUUAUGGAUUUGGAAGCCCGUCAAUCUCAGCUGCGGUAAGGGCAUUCGUCUCCUUGAGUCAUCCCUGGCCCCGAGCGUGGAGAAGAAACUCAUGCAGAGGUCAGGUGUCGUGCAGAGGUACGUGGAUCGACCGCUGCUGAUCAACGGCUUCAAGUUCGACCUUCGCCUCUACGUGGUAGUGACUUCUUUCGAUCCUCUGAAGGUCUACAUCAAUGAGGAGGGUCUCGUGCGCUUGGCGACGCAGAAAUACCGGUGUUCGGCCGACAGCCUACAGGAGAGGACCAUGCACCUCACCAACUACUCAGUGAACAAGCACGCAGCCAGCUACAAGCAAAAUCUUGACGGGCAAGCCACGGGGGAUCCGACCCCGGCAGAGGAGGCCGAGCCCGAGGGAGACGCCCCCGAAGCCCGGGACCCAGCCGCCACCUUGCGAGAGCCGCGAGGCAUCGAAGUGGUCGCUGAAGCAGCUCCUGGAGUACUCCAAGGCUCAUGGCAUCGACUACGACUUGAUGAUGUCGCGGAUCGAGGAUGUCAUCAUCAAGUCGCUUAUUGCAGUUGA